AACAAGAACGAUUAGAAAAAGAACGUAUAGAAAAGGAAAGAUUAAGGCGACAAAAAGAGGAAGAAGAGGAGCGCUUGAGAUUAGAAGAGGAGCUACUUCGCCAGCAAGAAUUGGAAAAUGCCGAGAUUUCUGGAACUACAGAAUCCAAGACCCUUUCAGCACGUGUUAUUUACCCUUAUGAUGCUGUCGAGGAUAACGAAAUGUCGUUAAUAGAAGGUGAAAUAAUUGUAGGAAUCACCCAAGUAGAUGAAGGAUGGUGGCAAGGCGAAAGUAAAGAUGGUUCUCGUGUUGGAUUAUUCCCUGCCCUUUAUGAUUAUGAUGCCGGUGAAGAUAAUGAAAUUUCAUUUAGGGAAGAUGAUAUUAUUACUGAAAUUGAUUUCGUAUCGGAAGAUUGGUGGCAGGGUUCAACAUCAGAUGGUGCAGUCGGACUUUUCCCAGCUAACUAUGUGGAGUUGAUUUGA